CCCAUUGCAAUCCAAUCAAUCCUCCUCAGCCAUGAAGGUCACCAUUAAAGAGUGGAACGCCGUUGCUACUUGGCGCUGGGAUAUGCCCGACGAUGAGGUGUGUGGUAUUUGUCGGGUUCAAUUUGAUGGCACAUGUCCGACCUGUAAAUUCCCAGGUGAUGAUUGCUCGCUAUUGCUGGGAAAGUGUGGUCACUCCUUUCAUAUGCACUGCCUCAUGACCUGGAUUCAACAAGAGUCCUCCAAGGGACUCUGUCCGAUGUGCAGACAGAAAUUCGAAUGGAAGCAAAACGACGAGGAGGAUGAAUAGCAACCUCAGUACUCGACAACCUAAGUGGGCUUGUUGAAGGCGUUGGUGGCUCCUUGCAAAUUAUGAUACCCUGCG